AGGUCCCUAUGUUGACUUGAGACAAACACAAAUAUGGCCUUCUACAGUUAUAAAACAGUCUUAGCUAUUGCCCGAGCAAGAUUCCCUAGCCAUUGUGUCCAUCCCACCAGCUCUUCUCACUCCCCAUCAUUUGCAUUUCUUCACUUACCAGAUUCCCAUUUAAAUAAAACAUAUAUGAAGAACUAUGGCAGCAAGAAGUACUCCUAUCCUACUCAGACAGGCCAUAAAGUACUUCACUUAAGGACUAGAGUAAUACAAAAGCUGCACACAUCUGCUUACUGGCUGCAGGAGGUCCCAGGUAAACCUCAGCUGGAGCAAACCGCAAAGAAGCCACAGGUGCCAAGCCCUCAGCCAACAGAAGAAACUGGAGUGAAGAUUAAGGAAGAAAAGCGAUCUUAUAGGCAGAUAAUUAUGGAUGAACUUAAAUAUUAUCACAAUGGAUUCUAUUUGCUUUGGAUUGACACCAAAGUGGCUGCCAGAAUGGUUUGGAGGCUGUUGGACGGACAGGUGCUGACCAGACGAGAGGGACGAAGGCUGUUGAGAACGUGUGCUGAUUUAUUCCGCCUGGUUCCAUUUAUGGUGUUCAUCAUUGUUCCCUUCAUGGAAUCCUUAUUGCCAGAGUUUCUGAAACUCUUCCCAGAGAUGUUGCCAUUCUUUGAAAGUGAAUCCAAAAAGGAAGAAAAACAGAAAAAGAAAAUGGCUGCGAAGUUGGAACUAGCAAAAUUCCUUCAAGAAACGAUUGCAGAAAUGGCAAGGAGGAACAGGGCGCAGCUGGGGGAUACCUCCACCCAGUUCGCAUCCUACAACAAACAGGUCCAGACAGGCCACAAGCCCAGCACAAAGGAGAUAGUUCGCUUUUCCAAACUCUUUGAGGAUGAGUUGAUCUUGGAGCACCUCGAUCGAUCUCAGCUGGUGGCCCUUUGCAAACUUCUGGAACUGCAGUUCUUUGGAACCAACAAUCUGCUCUGCUUCCAGCUCCUGAUGAAGCUGAAAUCUAUGAAAGCAGAUGAUGAAGUAAUUGCCAAGGAAGGGGUGAGUGCUCUGAGCCUGUCAGAGCUGCAAGCGGCCUGCAGGGCCCGGGGGAUGCGCUCACUGGGUCUCACUGAGGAGCAGCUGAAGCAGCAGCUCACAGAGGGGCAGGACCUCCACCUGAAGGAGAAUGUCCCUCCUCUUUUGCUUCUGUCCCGAACCUUCUACCUGAUAGAUGUGAAGCCAAAGCCAACUGAGAUACCACUCAGUGGGGAGGCUCCCAAGAUGGAUAUUCCCGUGGGAUCACCCACUUCCUCUGAAUCUAAAGAGAACAUGGCGGGUUUAGCACUUCAACUGAAGGGAACUAAGGAUGAAGAACUGAUACAGCUGCCGCCAGCUACAUCAUCACUUACACCAUCAAAUCCUAUUUCAUUAUGUAAAGGAUCCAUCACUUCUGCUAAAGAAGCUGCAGAAUCACAAGACAACCCAGAACAGCAAGGCUAAUUCGAAUGGAGCAUAAGGACUCAUGGAGGAUGGAGCGCCCUCUCUCUGGCUUCCUGCCCUCAGCAAUGGCAUCCGUAAAGGACAUCCCAGCCAAGACUACCUAUGUCUGGUUUCAGAUAUAAGAUCAGACAUUUAGUCCUUGGGGCGGUCUUUUGAGGCCUUGUAACCAUUCAGAUGAUGUCAGCAGCAAGACCAAGUUCAGACCAUUUGGAAAACUAUAAUUGCAAAGUCCAUUUCCCCUGUAGCAUUAGGUCAUCCCACUGGACCUUGUGUAAGGCCCACCCGCCAUGUUGUUUUCCAACAGCUUCGUGUCCUUUAAGGGAGGAAAUUUUUUGCAUAAUGGAAUCAGCUUGGUGCCUCAGAUACCUCUCGUCUCCUCUGGCUUGGUAACCCGGGUAAGAACUUGGGUACCUCCGAAGCCAGUGAUGGUGAGAGUGCCUGACCCAUCAGUAGGAACAGUGCCCUGGAAACUACCUUCUGAGACAGAAUGGAUAUAACUCCCCAGUUAAGUCUUCCUGGAUAUAAAGAAGAAAAAGCUUCUUGGAGAAGCAAAUGGGGAGUUCAACAGACUGGCAAUCAGAAAGACUUGGCCGCGGCUUGGCUGUUCUGAGACAGCCCCUCUCGGGCCUGCAGAGGCUGCAGGGAUCUGGGAGGCUGCCACUCUUCCAGCACAUAUGGCUUCCAUUAGCCUCCAUUUGCUAGGAAACAUAAUUAAGGGUUUAAGACUUAACCAUUUGUUUGUGCUGGGUGUGUGUUUUUCUGGUCUGUCUUUCACAAACAAGACUAUCUGUUAGUCACAGGGGUUGUUAGAGUCUGAUAUCAUCCCUAGGCUACCCAGUAACAAGUAUCAUGUUCAGAUAUUUACGUUGGGUGUCUUCAGUGUUGUCCAUACUGAAAAAACUUAAUAAAUAGGCUGCCCUGCAGCUGACCACCAGCCUUCUUCCCUUGGGGAGUGCUUAGAAGGGGAGAGGUAUUUCAGCUGUGGGUGAUGAAACUGGAUUCCUUUACUUGCUGUGAAAUUGAAAGCAGUUAGAUGGGAGUCAAUGCAACCAAGGAAAACUCACAUCUCCCCACCUGGGAUCAUCUAAAUGAGGAAUGUCACCGGCAUUUCGCAGCAAGGAAAUGCACUUUAAAAUGCUUCCUAAACCUCCUCUCCGCCUCACCAUGUCCUGCUGAGGAACGCCAGUGCCUCGACUACGACGAAUCCCGACCGUGCGGCCUUCCGGGCAUCUCAGCAUUGGCUUCGCAAGGUGAUUCACAAUAAAUUAUCCCAUUUUUCAAGUGAUGGUUGUUUAAUUAGUUCACAUUUCAGGUGUUACACGUGAGAAAGGGAUGAACUAGUGCACUUGCUCCACCCUGUUUCAGCUGGAUGCCUCACGGGUGCUGCUGGGCUGCUCUACAACUCUUCCUGGCUUUCCCCAUGAGCAGAGUGGGACUGGUUAGCUCAAGGGGUUUGGACCUCCGUUGGACUUCACCCAUUUUUGCUUCAUAAAUAGGCAUCUAAGACACUUGACACACCUCUCCUCCCCUUCUUCUGAGAGUCCUCAGAGAGGUCAAGGUCGUUGCUUUGUUUCAUCAUUGAGAGCCCUUGGCUGGUGGGUCCCAUGAUCAUUAGAUGCAGCCCCCUGCUGAAACCGAGCUAGCGGUGUUCUGGUAAAUGAUUAACACCCAACUCUGGCAGGGGCCGUGGCUGCAGGGGGAGCCCUGAUUUGUAGCCUUCGCAGAUUACGGUGAUGUAAGUACUCCCACAAGGUUGAUUUUCAAGCUACCAACAGGAGGUCACCGAACAAUGCAGAGUUGGGAAGAGAUGUACACGAUCAGCUCAAGACACCAUACUUAACAGACCCUAGGCCUCCUGGAGGAACGAGAGACACUUAAACCUCUAAUUGGUGCCUGCAGCAACUGUAUCAGUUCCAUGUACCAACACAGGCAUCUGGGAGGCAGUACCGUGUAAAUGGCCAUAAACACUGUUAAGUGCCAACCUAGAGAGAACUUGCCCCAACAGAGCGUUUCUGAACACCAGGGUUCCUGCCGAUCUGGCUCUCAGCAGCUGAGGGAAUGGAAGCCUGUCUCCUUCCCCCGCCCUCUACUCUUCCCCACACAUGCAGAUACUGCAGCUGUACCGGCUGCUAAUAAUCUGAGUAUAACUUUAGGCAUUUUCUAAAGCCCAACCCCAGUGGUGAUGUCAGACUCGGCCCUUGUCUCACUCACUGAGAAUUCUGCUCCAAAAGAAAGGUGUUGGUGGCAUCUGACAUGUGUGGACCUGCACCGUGCCAUGUCUAAUCCUGUAUUUCGGUCAUUACAGGUCACACUGGUGAUAUCGAAUAAAUGCUCUAUAACGUUAAAACCUAGACUAAAGGUUUCCCGGUCCCCACCAGCGCACAGCUGUAGGUCAGGUCAGACUAACGGAACGUGAAAGCCGAUUGGCACGUUCCUUAAUCUUUGAUUCUGGCUUGCUGGCUCCCCCCACUGGCGGCUGAUCAACACAGCGACUCUGUUGUCAUUGAGACAGAUUCUUUCCAGCUGAGGUUUGAUCUUACUUACCUGAGAUCAAUACGGUACAUUAGCGGUGCCCGGGGAAGGAUGCUCCCCAGCCCGUGGCAAUUAGAAAGGGCGGGAGGGCAGUAUCGAUCGAUGCUGUGGUGAUCCCAGGCCCUAAUCUUUUAACCCUCAGGAAACCAGACACUCAGUGCCUUGACAGCACGACAUCUUCAUUAGAUAAGCUGGAUUCCUUUCCUCGGGAGACCCAAUCUGGUCAACUAAGUAAAAUGGCCAUUUCAUUUUCUCUCAGGUCAAUUUCACUAUCUUUUAUUUGCCAGUCAGCUCAGUCUCUCGGGAAAUUCACGGGGGAUUUCAGUAGCAACAGCGAGGACAUCACUGUUACAAUAACAGUGCCUUCUAUCUCCCAGCACCUCUCCCGAAGGUACAGAAAGCCCUUUGUAAAAGAUCGCCCAUCCGUCCGCACAGCCGUGGGCAGAAAUCAUCACGGGUUUACAAGGAAAGGCCCCACUAGAAGGCGUCAGGCAAAUGGUUUUAAGUGCUAAAAUUCAUUUCCUGGCUCUGCCAACGUUUGCCUUCUUUAAACAUAAACAAAAUCACGGUACGUUGACAGUUGCAUAUUCAUUCACAGAGGAGACCCAGGAGAAGAGAGAACUUUACAACGGGGCGAGCCCUGCGGCUGCCGAGAAAUAGCUCAGAAAGGAAAACUCAGGAGCAAAAAGCCCAUUCUCCCCACAGGAAUGAAAGCGUGCUGGACUUCCUUUUGCACUCAGGAGGAAUCCAGCAAAGGG